AUGCAGAUACGACCCUGCCACUCCAUCACCACCCAAACCGUUUUUCCAUGGGCUUAUAAAAACAUGUGCCACCGGCAACACCGCCACCUCUUGCCGCCGCCUAAUGCCGCCGUCUCUGCAGCGCCAUUUAAGGCGCGGAGGACCCACUCAAUGCCGGCAGAAAAGAUGGAGAUUUUCAGGUCGUUGGAGGGUUGGGCCUCGCAGUGGGUCCUACCGCUGCUGAAGCCCGUGGAGCAAUGCUGGCAGCCCCAGAACUUUGUCCCCGACUCGACGCUGCCGUUCGAAGAGUUCAGCGAGGAAGUGAAGGUCCUUCGUGAACGCACGAAGGAGCUACCCGACGAGUACUUCGUGGUGUUGGUGGGUGACAUGAUCACGGAAGACGCGCUUCCCACUUACCAGACCAUGAUCAACAAUCUCGACGGGGUGAAAGACGAGUGUGGAACGAGUCCAAGCCCGUGGGCCGUGUGGACCCGGGCCUGGACCGCCGAAGAAAACAGACACGGGGAUUUACUCAGAACUUACUUGUACCUUUCCGGUCGUGUUGACAUGGCCAAGGUCGAGAAAACCGUCCAUUACCUCAUUGGCGCUGGCAUGGACCCUGGAACAGAGAACAACCCGUAUUUGGGGUUUGUGUACACGUCAUUCCAAGAGCGAGCGACGUUCGUGGCGCACGGGAACACGGCUCGGCUUGCGAAAGAGGGCGGUGAUCCAGUGCUGGCGCGCAUAUGCGGGACCAUCGCUGCGGACGAGAAGCGCCACGAAAACGCGUACUCGAGAAUCGUGGAGAAGCUUCUAGAAGUGGACCCCACUGGAGCAAUGGUGGCCAUUGGGGACAUGAUGGAGAAGAAGAUCACGAUGCCGGCGCACCUUAUGUACGAUGGGGAUGACCCCAAGCUAUUCGAGCAUUACUCCGCAGUGGCGCAGCGAAUGGGCGUAUACACAGCCAAUGAUUACGCGGAUAUCUUGGAGUUUCUGGUUGGACGGUGGAGAUUGGAGAAGCUGGAAGGUUUAACGGGUGAAGGAAAGCGGGCGCAGGAUUACGUGUGUGGGUUAGCGCCGAGGAUAAGGAAGUUGCAAGAACGCGCUGAUGAGCGAGCGCGUAAGAUGAAGGCGCAGAGCAUCAAGUUCAGCUGGAUCUUUAAUAAAGAACUGGUUUUGUGA